AAACCAUCUUGACACGAACUUUACAAAUAGACAACAACAGUCAACAAAAGGUCGGCAGAACUGAAGGGUCGCAGGCGAGUGAACACAUUUACUACCAUUUUCUUCUCGUGAACCUACUCUUUGUCGCAAUAUGAGGAUGAGUAGCGAGAAGAGAACCAUUUGGAUAAUUGUCAAAGAUGGAGAAGGUAUACCAGAUUCGUUUUCACGCAAUAAGUUUGAUAUCAUGAUACCCGAUAUUUCGCUUCCAUACUGCAUCGCUUUCAUGUAAUUUCUCAGUUAUAAGUACUAGUUAUUCUACAUGAUACAAAUGAUUUGAUAGAUGCUCAAGGUUAAAUGGUGUAGUUUGAAGCGUUAAAAGGUCACCGAAGGCAACUGUGUAUUGUCUUCUGAUCUUCCAACAGUCAUGUCUGAUCUAAAGCGAUUCCAGUUCAACUGUGUCGAUGGAGUAGAGGAGGAAGACAAGGUCUAUGAAAAAACAAAGUUCUUAGAGGUGAAUGAACAAGGCUUACAUCGGGUUCUGCCUGUGUGCUAUUUGUUAAAUGGAAAUAAACAAAAUUUGCUUUUAUCAAACCAUAUAGUUUAUUUUAGUGUAUGUUCUGAUUCACUAUUGUCCAUGGUUAGAUUGAUAUCCCUUUUGAUUUCGGCUCUUUAUUGACACUACCAUAACCCAAAACAACUGGAUACGAUAAACAUCAAGGAUAAGAUUUCACCACAACCCAAACUCGCCCAAAACUUGAGUUGACAAUUAUACAAAUGAAAAUAACUGUGAAAACAGUCACAUAAAAGUAUUGACUAUUUGGUGAAAUUUUUGUUCCCAUGAUAUUUCUAAUGCCUUUCCCUAUCCACAACACCAAACGAACGAAUUGAAGAUUAAAUAUAUAUGCAUAAUAGUUUAUUAUUAAUUUCUAUUUAAUAUUUAUUUAUUUCACUGAUCAAGUUAUUUUCUUUGGAUGCUUCAAGGAUCUUGCAGAGCAACUUGGUUUGUCAGGAUUUGAAAAGACCAGUGUCUUAAAGGUUUGUUCGUUGCAAGUUCUCUAUUAUGUCCCUGUACAUUAACAAAACUCUUUAACUAAUUUAUUAUUUAUUAAUAUUAUUAUUAUUGUUGUUGUUGAGAUCAUUAUUUUCUCUUAGCUAAGGAAUGGCAGAGGUUCUCUCAUACCACUAAGUAGAAGAACUCCUGAAAAUACAGUUGCAAGGUACUUUUUUUUUCUGUGCUAUUCACAUGUAUUAUUUUAUUAAGAUGGUGUGCACUUAUUAGUUUCACCUUACCCAGUAAAACAAUGUGUUCAAAAUGGCGGUUUUUUUUACUCAGAAAAAGGAUGAAAAAAUCGUAAACUAUAUGUACAUGUGUGUUUUAAUCAAUUGAGCAAGAUUGUGUGAUUCCAGUAUGUUGUCAGCUGGAUGUACAGACAGUACAGUUGCAGGUACACCAUAUCAUUGAUGAAAACUGAAAUCACAUUCUUGUAUUUUAUUUCUUACAGCCCUUACAUUCUUGAAGUUUGUAGAAGAUAUUCAUCAGGUGAGGCACUAUGACCUAUUGUAGUAAGUAAAUUAACUCUGAUUAUCAGAUAAUUCAGCUGUCGGUAUUUUGAGGUAGAGCUGCUGCCAGAGUCUUUGUAUGAAAUAGAUCAUGAUAAAACUUUGGUGAUAACACGAAGACAAUUGACCUUCUGUGUAAUCUAGACCUCAAAGACUCUGCCUGGAAGAAAUCUUAAGCAUAUAACAAUAAAAGUACAUGCAUCUAUCAUUUCAAUUACUGUAGUUUGUUUUUGCUGUCUAUAUGAUUGCAUAGCAACUUAAGUAUUGGUUCACCUUUAUGUCAAUUACACAACAAUGACUGAUGUGUUCCUUUAACUGAAUUUGCUCCCGCAGUAAAACCCAGUCCUAGAAGAAUUGAUGUGCCCAGUUACAAUGAAACAUACCAGAGAAAGUUAACAAUAUUUACCAAGAGGGUGCGUUCAAUUUUACACUAUAAUUACUUGUAUGAAAAGACCAACUUCUGUGGUUGGUAGACACGUAUCUGUUUAUGGUAAUGUAUGCAAUGCUAAUUCUCCUGCCACCAAGGGUAAUUGUGAAGAAAGAGUCUCUAAAAAACCCUAUUGACUGUUGUCGGCCAACUGUCGCCUGACAGAUGGCCAACAUUCAGAUAUAUUUCAUUGGUCUGUUGGCAUGUUGUUGGUAACAAUAAUAAUUAUCAUUGCAUUACCAUAAUUAUUGUCCAACCAUCAGCAGACCUAGAGGCUACAUUGGAGAUUUGGCUAGUGUUAUUCACAGGUCAAUGAAAUUUCUCCAAACCGAAAUUAAAAAAAAACAAAUAUAAACAAACAAACACCUGCCCUAUUCUAGUUUUCAUUUGUAGUGUUGCUUUUUUUUCAUCUUAUUUUUAUUUAUCUAUUUUUUAUCCUCUUUUUUUUUUUGACCAAUAAUUUGCUUUGCUCAAGCUUUAGUGCCAACCUGUACGUCCUAUAUUUAAACAUUAUUUACUUUUACUUAGCUAGAUUAGCUUUUCAGUUAUUCUGAGUAAAUGUUACUUUUUUUUGUAUCAAUAUAUUAUGUAUGUAAACUAAGUUUAACUUCUCAAUUUGGUAACAAAGCUUGUUGUUUAUUGUUUUGUUUGUUUGUUGUAGUCCCAGCAGUGCACAGGACAAAUGUCACAUGUGAACUUUGUUAUGAACCAGCUCUUUAGAAAGUUGUCUGUAUCUCAGUGGUAGUGCUACCCAGCAUGUAUGAAAUAAUAUUCAAAGAAACUUAAGGGGCAAACAUGUAUGAAAUCACUACAUCAAGCACAAUGGUACAGCAGUUAACACUUAAAUAAAGCUGUAAUUAUACUUCGCUUCGCCUUCAGGGCAUUGUGUUCAUGCUUUAAGUGACUGUAUAACGUACAUCUUAAUUUGCAGAUUAGCAGGCUGGAGGAAACUCUUCCUCAACUGUCACUGUUACGAGAUGCUAAACUUAGCGCGGUGAGUAGACUGGAGACAACAGUUACAAAAUUUAUCCAAUUAGGUUGAAUUUAACUAGUUUUCAAAACUUUCAGAAAACUGAAAGAAAGACAAACUAGUCAGUAAGUAGCUAGAACAUAAUCAGGUGAUGACGGUGAUUGUUCCUAACCGACCUGUUCAGCCUUCUGUGUGCAAUGCCAUUGAAAACCAUAGCGAAAGCUGACGAGUGUUGGACUGGGUGGGUUGAUAUGAGCCAGUCCGGAAAAGCCGUCCGACCCUGCACUCACAUUGCUUUCGGUGCAAAAACGCAAAGGAAACAGAAUGGGCAAAAAAGGUCACGUCUUUCAUUGGUCACACGAUAACAUGCUUAUUGCCUGAGUUUUGGUCAUGACGCAUAGACCUCCUUGGCACGGACCAUGUUUCAUGACCUCGACCUAAAUAUUUUCCCAACGGGAAUUUUAUAGUAUUCUUGUCCUAUCGGUUUGUCUGUUGAAUAUUCUCAAGGUCGUUGUAUACUUUUGUGCUGAAGUAUUACUAUUGAUAUUUUGCUCUUUACGUGUACAGGAAGUGAAAACUUUGGAACAGAGAUUAAUGUUUUUGAAUUCAAAACUCCAGGUGCGUUUGAAAACAUCUGUAAUUGUGUUGAUGCAGAUCUUACUUGGGCUGAGGGCCCGUCUUUUGUGCCCUCUCUUGGGCUGGUGCCAGUUUUAUUUUGUGCAUGAGAUAUGCGGUUUCCUAGCCUGUGAAGUCCUGUAUAAUAUCGAUCCUCUGUAAUGGUAGUAUUUAAUUACGUUUUCAUUUCGCUCUUUUAAUCGAAAACUGUGUAUUUUCUAGAACUUUUCGAGAUUUAUUGAAGUAAACGGCUUAUGUUGCUUUAAUUAGCGCAAUUCCGACCGACGAAAAAUCAGUCGGAACGUAAAAAAGUUUCUAAGACUUCCCCGGAGGCCAUGCUUUUUCCUAUACCAAGCUCCUCAUCCUUAUAAGCCCAUAACUGGUACACAGUCUAUGUAUUGUUAGCUUGUUUUGAUGAUACUUAUUUCUUCCUCUACUUAUAGGAAGCUGAUUCUCGGCAAUGGAAAGGAAUGUUUACUAAACAUCCUUUGUGGUGACCAGCAAACUCCACACAGAUCCAUUGGACUUAGUAUGAUUGAGGCGACUAAGUUAAAGAGUUGUACAAAACUUCUAUAAACGUGUUUUGCCUAAAUGGCGGGCAUCAUUUAUUGCCUUGUUGAAGUGGAGCAAACUGUACUAAGGUCAAAAUUUAGUGUGUGGAAAAGACACAUUACAGUGGUAGUCAUUUUUUUAAUCAUUAUUUCCCUGCUUUGUAAAUGUGGAGGGAAACGUGCAGUUUAGAUCGCUAGCUGUCUCAUGUUGGAACGAAAGUUAUAUAGCCAAGUAUAGUUUAAUGAAAUGGUUAUACAAAUGCUUAUGGUUAUGCAAAGAAUAAGUAUAUUUUACACCGUUGAAAUCCGAAUUCAAAUUUCCUUCAGGUCAGAUUGCAUUCUAUAUCUUCACAUCAAUAUCGUUUUCGGGAAUGAAAGCAGCAACAACAUGCGUGGCCCUGAAGUUGCAUAGUUGCUGUUAGAGAUACGUUGAACAUGAUAUCUGUAAGGAACUGUACGGUUUGCAUUAAAAUUACUGUAAUUCUUUACUCAAUUAUGUCCCACACUUCGACUGCUCUGUAAAGACUUUUUAUUUUUGCAGCAAAAGUUCGACUGACAAGUUGGAAAAAAUGUUAAUUAAAAAGUCUUUUUUUUUAUCUUUUUUUUUUCUAGAAACAAACAGCUGUAGAUCACAGACAGUUCUUUUAACGAAAGUUUAUUUACAGCGACAUAUGGCCGUUCAAAAACAUAGCCAUGUUAAUCAAACAAACAGACAAAGGAAAUAAACAAACACAGGAAAAAGAGUGAGAAAGGGAAACUAUUGUAAUCGAGAUUAGCAGCUUCUUGGCACGGGAAUGGUUAGCUUAAUAAAAGCUGUAUUUGAACGAGC